UUCACUCUAUAUAUGAGGAGAUUUGGAUAUUUAAUCCAUAACAGGUUAUCCUGGUAAUAAAAAAUAUAUAUAUACACACAUAUAUACAUAGACUAUAGGGCGAGAGAUUCAAUCAACAACAUGGAGAAUAUGCUCUAUGAAGCAGCAGCUGAGGGUGACGUAUCUGCUUUGCAGAUGUUGCUUUGGGACGAUAAAUUAAUUCUCGACAGAGUUCUAUCGCGCUGUUUCACGGAGACACCACUGCAUAUUGCUGCCAUGCUCGGGCACCGGGAGUUUGUGAAGGAGAUCUUAAGCCGGAAGCCUGAAAUGGCCAAAGAGUUGGACUUUCGGAAAUCAUCGCCGCUCCAUUUGGCAACAGCAAAAGGCCAUGUCGAAGUAGUAAAACUGCUUCUGUCGGAAAAUCCUGAGGUAUGCCUUUUUCGGGAUGCGGAUGGAAGGAAUCCAUGUCACGUUGCUGUGAUCAAAGGCCACACUCAAGUCUUGAAGGAGCUCGUUCGAGCAAAACCUGAAGCUGCUCGAGCGGAAAUUGGAGGUGGCAACAUUUUGCAUCUCUGCGUUAAACACUAUCAACUCGAGGCUCUAGAGUACUUGCUGGAUAUGAUGGGUGAUGAUCGUGAGUUUGUGAAUUCCCUAGAUAACGAUGGCUCCACGAUUUUGCAUCUCGCUGCAGCUGAUAGACAGGUUGAGAUUGUGACUUUAACGCUCAGAAAAUCCCGAGUGGAACUAAACAUGGUGAACUCGUACGGCUUCUCUGCACAAGAUAUUGCACUAGCUCAUGGUCGAAGGAACUUAAAAGAUAUCGAAAUUCAAGAGUCCCUCAAGCAAGCUGGAGCAGUGCAACCAAGUUUGAGGGGAAAGGAUCAGACAGUUCCGGUGGAGCUUGAGAGAUAUAGCAGAAGGCACAAGCCGAAAAGGGAAAAUAAUUGGUUGGAGCAGAAACGGGGCACAAUAAUGGUAGUAGCGUCGCUUAUUGCAACCAUGGCUUUCCAAGCAGGAAUCAACCCGCCUGCAAUUUACUUCCAGGAAAACGAGAAGAUUAAAGGUAGAAUUGAUAUUCCUGCUUUUGUUAAUGUAAUUGGUGUCAGUUUCUAUGCAUCUGCCUGCAUUAUCUUACUCUUGAUCGGUGGCUUACCUUUAAGGCGGAGGUUCUUCAUGUGGUUUCUGAUGGUCAUAAUGUGGGUCGCAAUAAUAUCAAUUAUGAUCGCUUUUAACAAUGCUGUUGACAUACUACCUCGAAGUAAUGAUAUGGAUUCGUCCGAGGGUGACUUUUACCUUGGUGAUGUGGGGGCCAUCUUUGUUUUGGUUCUUUUAUUUGUGCACGCCGUGCGGCUCAUAGUGAAGACGGUAAGAUGCGUCAGGAGAAGGAUCAAGAAACAGAGGAGUAACUUGAGUUCCAGUAUGAGACAGAACAUUGUAUAGAUUGGACCUACAAUUUCGGAUGCAUCCUACAUUGAAGAAGAUAGUAUCGUAGUUUGUCUUUUGUGUCUGUUCUUCUCUCAGUUAGAAUAAUUCCUGUAAACGCUCCGUGCGAGUGACUGGAUUUGAAGCUGCACACUUGCGCAAAGUACUCAUGGCAUGACUGCCUCUUCAACUAGCAUUGCAAUUGCUGAAGCAUAGCUUGUAUAAGUGAUGGACAAAAAAUACUGGAGGAAGUUCGUAAAGUUCAUGAAACUGAAAAUGAAUUGCUUUCAAAGCCUAACAGUUUCUUGAACUGUUGCCUAAAA